GAAAUGGCCGCCGCCUUAAAUUUGUACUUAGUUUGCGGUUCAAGGAGUUUCUUGAAGCUCAAGUCGGGAAUGGCAUGACUGAAUGAGAACGCGGAAUGGCAUCCUCACCAGAAUCUGUGAUCUCCAUCAUUUAUUUAUUUAUAGCUAUCACGAUCUCCUUUCCCACAAAGCUUCCUUCUUGGUUGGAUUCGUUGCGAGAUCUCCUGGGAUUUGGCCAUGGCAUCUCCUUUGGUCCUGGGUACUAGUGUGGCAGCUGCUGCCUUGGGGGGAAGAUAUUUGAUUAGCAAAUGGCAUGCAUUCAAAGCUCGCCCUAAAAUUCCACGGACCCGUAGAUUUUAUCCAGGUGGUUUUGAGAAGGUUAUGACAAAGCGAGAAGCAGCAUUGAUUCUUGGAGUCAGGGAAAGUACUGUGAUGGAGAAGAUUAAGGUGGCUCACAGGAGAGUGAUGAUGGCAAAUCAUCCUGAUGCUGGUGGGAGCCAUUACCUUGCCUCCAAGAUAAAUGAAGCCAAGGACAUAUUGACGGGGAAGUCAAGAGGUGCAUCUUCGGCCUUUUAGAUUUACAGUUUACACCACGCAGUUAUAUUUUCAUUGAGCAACCGGGCAAAAUUUUGACCAGUCUUGAGUAUGUAGUUUGGUCAAGCAAGCUUGCUUGCUUCUUUGUUCAAUCAUAUUUUGAUAAUAAUUGUCAUCUUGGUGUCCAGGUUAGAAAGAGGAAAAUGUAAAGCAAUAAAAUUUGUCUCCCAGUUGCUAACUGGUCGUAUGAGAAAUCAGAUAACACAUGCUCUGCACCAAUAUCUAAAUUUGUGAUUGAAUUCUUUAUCCUUAUUGUUAAAAUUUUUUUCUUGCUAA